AUGGAUUUAGACUAUGAAGAGUCAGCUUUGCGUUUAUCUCAGCUGGAGGAUAAAGGAUUUUCAUGUUGCACCCUUAUUACAUGUGCGUGUGCAGUUGGAAGAGCAAAGAAUUUUAGAGUCAAGUCACCGAAUAAGAGGUCAUUGAAGAGGUCUUCUGUGGCAAACCAAAAUCAGAAAAUGUCACGCUUGGUUGAUGACUGCAAAUCUGAUCUUGGAAAAGACCGGGAAUAUUAUAGGCACCAUAGGGUCUGUGAGCACCACUCCAAGGACCCAGUUGUCAUCGUCGAGGGUGAAGAGAAAAGAUUUCCCGCUCUUGGAGAGUUUGAUGAGGAGAAAAGGAGCUGCAGGAAACGUCUUGAAGGACACAACAGGCGCCGAAGAAAAUCUCGGCCAAAAUCUUUGCACGAGAGUCCUGGUAGAUUUCUAAUCAAUUUUGGGUAG